AUGACUGCAAACCAAGUGAAAUCUGAUGAUUUCGGAAAGCAAGAUACGGCUGUUCCAGAAAUUGUUUCACCUGAUAAGAUGAUUGCUGACGGGCAAGAGAAUGUGACUGAAGAUGAGGCAGAUCUAAAUUCAGGACAUGUUUCCGUGCUGGAGCCUGAAAAUGGAGAAGAAGAUGAUGUCACAGCAAAUGCUACAAUCGAUAGUGAGGACAUUCCAAAUAAGGCUGGAAUGGGAUUGCCUUUACCAGAGGAUACCGGAAAGUCUGAAGAACGCUUAAGUGGACAUUACUUUGGAACAGAGAAAUUGCCUGUUCCUGAUGUUAGAAAUAUUUUGCACCGUAUGAAAAGGGGAUCUCGAUCAGAUGCUCAGGGCGCUCAAGAUAAAUCUGAUGUCAAGCAACAUCAAAGUGUUAGAAAACUCUUGCGUCCUCAUUUUGGUCCUAGGCAAAGUGGAAGCAUUAGCAAUCAAGAAGGUCGGCAUGGUUUUUCGGAGAAAUUUAUGAAAGGUCUCCGCAAGCUUAAAUUGCCUCCGACAAAGCCUAAGAAGCACAGAACGGUCGAAUCGAAAAAUAUCGCCGAUGAACUAGAACUUCGUGAUACCAAAAAGGCACAAUUCACUGUUCAAUCUUUAAUUACUGCUUAUCCGGAGGCAUUGCUUUUUUCCUCAUACUUUCUUAACGAUGAUCACACACAAAGAAAGGUUCCCAUACUUCUAUGCCUACUGUCGUCAUAUAUUGCUGAAGUCCCUAAUCCCUCCAAUUCGAAAACAAAGCUUUUUAAAUUUUAUUUGGAGUAUGGUGUCGGUGAUAGAGCAUUGGAAUGGACCGUAACAAAAGAUUUGAAGCAAAUUGUGAGUUUUCAUAACAAGUUAAAAAUUCAAAUAUUGCAGGCUAAUGUGAUAUCAAAGGGAACUGGUCGUAGGGAGCUUACUCUACCAAAAUUUCCAAAAAUGAAACCAAUACAUACUUUCUCCUCUAAUUUUGAAAACCUUGAUCUGUCACAUGUUAAUAAUAACGACACCAGAAACUAUGAACCAUACCCAAAUGAAAUGAAUCGUAUACGAUCAGCUGAUCGACUGGCCCUACAAGAUACAGAGCGCAAUGAAGAAUUUGGUCUUGAAACUCGAUCACCAUUAGCAGUACACUCAGUUCAUUCCUCGUUAACAUCUCUGAGUUCCUCAAGCAGCUCAAUACUCUCUGAUGCUGCAAGCUUAUGGAGACAUGGACUAUUUAGGAAACGAAAGCAAGAUAGAAAUAGAGGUGAAGAUGAUGAAAUUCUAAGGUUGUCUCUCCAGAAUUAUUUUGAUAAGUUGAAUAGCAAGCUUCUUUUACGCCCCGAAUCGGUUAAAUUGUUACAAUUUUUUGAACUCUCUCCAAUGAGUGUCCUACUUAGCCAGGAGGAUGAAAAAAAGAGAAAGGAGGGCUAUUUGUUCAUUAAAACUUCUGCAAAGGCACAAGGAUGGAGAGUUGGACAUCUAAAGUAUCGAGAUUUUAAGGCCAUGGUUGUAAGACAUACCUCAAAGUGGUUUAUUCUUGGGCAUAGCUAUAUCAUGUAUGUCGCUGAUAUCGAUUCCACAACACCUUUAGAUGUGUUUUUGAUCGACCCUAAAUUCAAAGCAACCCUUUCUGGGUUCUCUGAUAUUGCUUCUAAGGGUAUGAAUUCGACUGUUACUCCAAAGCAGGAGUUGCAGCGCGUGGACUACAGUGACGAUGAUGAUGAGAUUGACGACGAAAAUGAAGUUAAAGAUUCUCAGAAGAGUACCAAAAAAACGCCAUACUUUUCUAUGACAUUGGAGAAUGGGGAACGCAAGUUAAGUGUUAUGUCUCGUUCUGGAAAGCAAUUAAAGAAUUGGUAUCUUUCAAUAUGUGACAUGAGUUCAAAUAGUGAAUGGUCUUCGCAUCAUAGAUUUGAAAGUUUUGCCCCGGUAAGGAACGAUUGUUUUGCACAAUGGUUUGUAGAUGCUAGAGACUAUAUGUGGGCUGCAUCUUCUGCUAUGGAGAUGGCAAAGGAUAUUAUAUAUAUACAUGAUUGGUGGCUUUCACCGGAACUUUACCUGAGAAGACCUGCUGAAGGAAAUCAAGAAUGGAGAUUGGAUAGAUUGUUGAAGAGAAAGGCUGAGCAGGGUGUCAAAAUUUUUAUUAUCAUCUACCGGAAUGUUGGAAAUACGGUUGUCACUGAUUCUCUAUGGACAAAGCAUUCAUUACUAAACCUGCAUCCAAAUAUUCAUGUUAUGAGAUCCCCGAACCAGUUGAUGCAAAACGUUUAUUUCUGGGCUCAUCAUGAAAAGCUACUCAUAGUAGACCAAAUGGUUUGUUUCUUAGGAGGUGUUGAUCUUUGUUAUGGUAGAUGGGACACCCCAGGUCAUGGUUUAGUAGAUGAUAGUCCAUAUUCGUUUAAGUCUCAGGUACCAGAAUCAUUGGCAAAAAAAGGAAAAGGGAUUGCGUAUCAACUACAUCCUGGCAAGGAUUAUUCGAACCCCAGGGUGAGGGAUUUCUACGAUUUGCAAUCACCGUUUGAAGAUAUGUAUAACCGACAAAUAACCCCAAGGAUGCCUUGGCAUGAUGUUCAUAUGGUGACGUGUGGCCAAAUCGCAAGGGACUUGUCAAGGCACUUUGUGCAAAGAUGGAAUUAUUUGUUACGGCAAAAAAGACCAUCACGCCCUACACCUCUCCUUCUUCCACCAAGAAACUUCACUCCUGAUGAACUUAAGCAGUAUGAUUUUACUGGUACAUGUGAGAUUCAAUUACUUCGUUCAUCGUGCUUCUGGUCGCUUGGUCUCCAGAAUCAUGAGCAGAGUAUUCAAAACGCUUACAUAAAAUGCAUUGAGACCAGCGAACACUUUGUCUAUCUGGAAAAUCAGUUUUUUGUGACUUCAUGUGAAGUGGAUGGGGUGAUGAUACUAAAUAGAAUUGGUGAUGCACUUGUCGAUAGGAUUAUUACCGCUCAUCACCGAAAAGAAACGUGGAAAGCCAUAAUAGUUAUUCCUCUUUUGCCGGGAUUUGAAAGUGAUGUCGAUUUGCAGGAGGGUUCUUCAGUUAGAUUGAUCACCAGAUGUCAGUAUAUGUCCAUUUCAAUGGGAGAUAGUUCUAUAUUCGCUAAACUAAGAAAAGUCGGAAUAUCUCCAGAGGAUUAUAUACAGUUUUAUUCUCUUCGGAGAUGGGGAAUGAUUGGAGUUAAAAGGUUACUUGUGACUGAACAGCUAUAUAUCCAUGCAAAAGUUAUGAUUGUUGAUGAUCGUAUUGCCAUUAUCGGCUCGGCAAAUAUCAAUGAAAGGUCUAUGAGAGGAACCAGAGAUUCAGAGGUUUGUGCGAUUGUUCGUGAUAAGGAUAUGAUUGAAUCGCAUAUGGACGGUAAACCUUACAGCGUUGGAAGAUUUCCCCAUACAUUGAGAGUUCGUUUAAUGAGAGAACAUCUUGGCGUUGAUAUUGAUUUGUUAGAUCUUGUUGAAAGAAGAUUUUCAUCCAUUGAGCAAUUUGCCUCUUCAUCACAAGGUUUAAAUGCCUCCACACUUUCUUUAGACCAGUCCAAACACAGUCAUGUAUUAUCUGCAAUGGUAGAACUUGGAACAAGAUAUCUUCUCAAAAAAUAUGAUGGUACUGAUAAUUACAGAUGCAUGAAUAAAUCUAAUAGUUUUGGUAAACAGUUGACUGCUUUGAUGCUAGAAACAUUUAAGGAAAAGGAUCCAGUUUUUGAUAAGAGUGAGCCCAACGGUAAUAGUUACAUAUAUUCUUUUAAUCAUCGUGCUGGUAAGGAAAAUGUUGGAAUUCGUGAUAAGAAGCCAUUUUCAACAGAUUCUAGGGUGACAACCAAAGCACAUAGAGAUGAUGUUAAUGGUUAUGGGGAGGAUAUGUAUCAAUCCACAUCAUAUUUACAGUCCAAGGUUCGCCUCAACACAUUCAUGAAAAGAAUGGCAAAUGAGGCAACGGAAGAUUGCCCACUACCGACAUAUGAGGAUAUAUUGGAAUUUCUCAAUGAUGGCGAAAAUGUGGAGUCCAUUGAUAUUUUAAAUAAGGAAAGAUGGGUCAUGUUAAAAAGACUUUUUUAUAUGCAGAAGUUGGAGUAUAAGAAAAUGCAAAUGAGAGUUGAAACUGAUGUUUCACCUAAAGAAGAAAAGUCCACUGCAGAGAGUCAGAACACGGAAAAUGAUAUUCCAGCUCCUUCUAUCCCAAAAAUAGCUUUGAGUGAUUUGCAAAUUAAUGAAAUUGAUAAGAAUAUACUUCCACAGACGGUGAGCGAUUUCAUUGAUCCAUAUGCCUUCGAAGAUCCUUUGGAUAUUGACUUUUUUGAAGGUACAUGGAUGCCAUUGGCCAUCCGAAAUACAAUGAUCUAUCAGAUGGUCUUUCAUACACAGCCUGAUGAUAGUGUUUCAGGCUGGAAAGACUAUAAACAGUUUCAGAAACUGAGACAUGCCUUUAUGGAUCAUCAGAAGAUUUCACGUGGAUUCAGUCAAGAGUCACCUUCUGAGGAGGGAAGAGAUGAUAUAUUGGGACAACAUUCUUCUGAUAGUAGUGAAAAUCAACAGGUUGAGCCUCAAGAGAGUCCUGACGAAUCUACUUUUGUACAGAAUGGAUUAACUGAUGAUCUACACAGACAGAUAUUGAGAAGAGCAAGAAUGGCCGACUUAGACCGUUUUCAAAGAGAAAGCGGUGUCGCUGGAAUAUUGGGGCAGGCUUCCAAUCUUAACCUAGUUGGAUCUCCUAAUGGAAUUUUUGUCUUUGAUUACGAUACUGCCAAGAAGUUACUUCAAUUGGUGAGGGGAAGAAUUGUUAAAUUCCCAACUCGGUGGUUGAAGAAAGAAAUAGAAGGAUCUAAUUGGUUUUAUAAGGCAGAUAAAUUACCACCGAUCCAAAUUUAUGACUAA